CCUCCUACCGCUCCCUCCCUCGGGUCCUCCCAUGUCUCUCGGAUGAUCCGCGUCUCCUUCGGUCAGAUCUUUGCUUAGCCGAGGCCUUUGAGCGCUCAAGUGUGAUGAGCGCAAACUUUCUCUGACGGAGGUGGACAGCGCCUCGCCUGAGAUCCAGCUCUACAACCCUCUGAACAUCUGCUUAAGUUGUUCCGCUCUGGGUGUUCUCUCUUCGGUGAUGUCUCCAGACUGGAGCCGCCCCGGGACCCACCUGAACCCGACAGGUUCGCUAGUUUUACGCGAGCAAAGACCUGGUGAAAGCUGUUUGCGCGGAGGCAAACUGAACUGCCUGUGAAGGAUACUGUGGAGAGGUCAGACAUGGACUGUUCAUUUAGGGUCACUCGGUUUUAUCUCACGGGUUAGACGGAACAACACUAUGCCAACUCCAUCCGUGACGUUACUGUGUUUGUGGCUGUGUAGCGAGGCCGUCGCGAGUCAACUCGACUGGCAGAAAACAAAGACGACUUUCAGUCCUCAUUACGAGUCCUCCGCCGCUGAAAGGAAUGCGCAGAGCCGGGAAUGGCGCACGGAUAGUGGAGAGGACAGUGUGGGGACGCGCGGCGUGAACACGCAAGCCUCGUGGGUGGAAACUGUAAAUCGGUUGUCGUCUAAACUGCUAGUGUCAGAGAUUCCCCGCCGCGCUGUGCGUAAAAGUAACGCCGAGCGCACACGACAUGUAUCCGCAGGGGAAGCCUUACGUACAGAGCCGCGGAGAGGUGGGUGCAUUCCUGGAGAGGUUCCUCACCAAACCCCGCAUGGGUCCGCCUGCAUCCCCGCGGACAAGCAGCGACAAAGACGCAGCGCAAAACCCAACAGACUGAAGCGCAGUGAGCCGCUGCAGGAAGGAGCCGCGUCCGCGUCACAGCCUCUGCCAACGGCCAUGGCACAGGCGCAAAAGGCCGCGCAAUUCGCCGUCAACACCAGCGACUAUGAGGAGGAAUAUUCUCUGCCGGACUUCCCCGAUACCACGCCGUUCGUGCCGGGAAACACGCGCACCAGACGCAAGCAGGUGAAGAACCCGUUCUUCCCGGUCACCGCGGAGUCCUACGGCGCGUACGCGGUCAUGAUCCUCGCCAUCGUCAUCUUCACUGUGGGCAUCAUCGGGAACGUGUCGGUCAUGUGCAUCGUGUGUCACAACUACUACAUGAGGAGCAUCUCCAACUCGCUGCUGGCCAACCUCGCGCUCUGGGAUUUCGUCAUUAUCUUCUUCUGUCUGCCGCUCGUGGUGUUUCACGAGCUGACGAAGAACUGGCUGCUGGGAGAGUUCUCCUGCAGGAUCGUCCCGUACCUGGAGGUGGCUUCUCUUGGGGUCACGACCUUCACACUGUGCGCUCUGUGCAUCGAUCGGUUCCGGGCCGCCACCAACGUGCAGAUGUAUUAUGAGAUGAUCGAGAACUGGGCGUCCACCACGGCCAAGCUCGCCGUCAUAUGGUUGGGCGCUUUGCUGCUCGCGCUACCCGAGCUGCUGAUACGUCAGCUGGUGACCGAGGACGGCGACCCGCCCGACGUGACGCCGUGCGAGCGCUGCGUGGUCCGAAUCUCCACCGAGCUCCCGGACACUCUGUACAUCCUGGGUCUCACGUACGACGGCGCUCGACUCUGGUGGUACUUCGGCUGCUACUUCUGCCUCCCGACGCUGUUCACCAUCUGCAGCUCGCUGCUCACGGCUCGCAAGAUCCGCCGCGCCGAGCGCUCCUGCGUCCGUGGCAGCAAGAAGCAGAUCCAGCUCGAGAGCCAGAUGAACUGCGCCGUGGUGGUGUUGGCCAUCCUCUACGGCUUCUGCAUCAUCCCGGAGAACAUCUGCAACAUCCUCAGCACGUACAUGGAAGCCAGUGUUCCCAGGAAAGUGCUGGACAUCCUUCACCUGGUCAGCCAGCUGCUGCUCUUCUGUAAGUCCGCGGUGACGCCGGUGCUGCUGUUCUCGCUGUGCCAGCCGUUUACCAAAGCCUUCCUGGACUGCUGCUGCUGCUGCUGCGACGAGUGCGGCCCGCCACAGUCCCCGGCCACCGGCGACGCCGACAACGAGCUCAUAACCACUGAGCUGGAGCUGUCGCCGUUCAGUACCAUCUGUGAGGAAGCCUCCACCUCCGCUGCCUAUACCACUGUGGGGACACAUUGCUGAGGUCAAAGGUCAACAGAGCUUCCUUUAAUGUUAUUAGGACAUUGGAUGAUGGGCGUGACCCCAUCAGUUUACAGACUCCUGGACUUAAAGUGUCUGUGCUGACAGACGAACAGACGACUUGUCUGCCCUCUCACUGUUUACAGAGUUCACAUAGAAGAGAACACAGUAUUAAAUCGUAGCAUUUAUUUCUUUAACUCACGUUUCUUUUUACAGAAUCUGCCACUUUGUAUUUUUAUUUUAUUUGAUGUCAUUCCCAACCAUUUCCUCGGAAAAUAGGUAGUGUUUCCUGUAGAGUUUAGUUAGUUGUGUUGAAUUUACACCUGUCGCUCGCCAAGAAAAUAUUUAUUUGUUUGAAACAAAUUCUUUCAAGUAAUUGGAAUUGAUUAUAUGGGAAUGUACGACUUAAACUUUGAUCCACUUAGAGUUCUUUCCAGGAAACGAUUCAGAAUAUCAUGUAAUACCGUUAGUUGUUGCAUUUUGCAUUUUUGAAGAGUUAAAUGGUAAAUGCAUGUACAGUAAUAUAUUGAAAAUGUCUGUAGAUGCUGUGUAGCGUAGCUGAUGUCGGGAGUCAGGCUGACGUGUGUGUGUGUGUGUAUGUGUGAGUAUUUUGUUCUUCACAGAAACUGCACUGCACUCGGUCUGUAGUGUGACAGUGUUUUGUCACUUCAAUUAAAAAGUUUUAUUUGAAAACAAAA